UCUCAGCGUGGUCGGCGGCGGGACGCGCAUGCGCACGGGACAGCUGCCCCACUCCUCACCUAAGGGGGGAAAUGGGUGGGGAGGGGUAACUGAGAUGGACCCCCCUUAUAAAAAAGUGUAUCUUUAAUGUUAUUAUGAGUUAUUUUUGCUCUCCCCUCCAUAGUUUGCUCCAAUAGGUUAGGGGGCUUAAAGUCUGUGGCUCUGACCCCUCCCUAUUUUAAAGGCCAAUUCCACCACCACCCCACUUGGGGGGAGGGGAAGGCUUGAUUCCUGGCCUCCCUCCCCUCUGGGUUGAAGCUGCUUGGGGGGCUUAUGCCUUUGCUGAUAUAUUGGGGGGCUUAUAAAUGUGACACUCCCCCCAAUGUGAAAUCAGGGAGGGUUAAAGUAAGGGGGUAGAGAGCUUAAUUGCUCCCCUAGCUGUCUGAAAGAAGGGAGGCUCAAAUGGUUACUUUCUGUCACCUCCCCUUUUUUGGAACUGAAGUGGGGCAAGGGGCAGUCUCUGAGAUACGGAUUUGGGGGAGAAAAGAAACUCUCCCUACAAUUUUUGGGGUUCAGAGGUUGAGUCCCUCGCCUCUUCAGAAGAGCUGAGAUCCUUUUUGUUUGUGGGGAGAGGGGUAGUUGUCAAAAAAAUCCACAACCCACCCAUUAGGAAAGAUCUAUCUCUAAAAGUGAAUUGGCUUACUCGUUUCUCUUCCUAGUGCCCCACCCUGCCCUGCAAGCAAUGGGGCAGGGGGCUUAAUUUCUCCUUAUCAAGCCUGAGUGCUUAUGGGUGUUUUUUUCGGUGGGUUGCGUGGGGGGGGGGAGAUCUUCGGACUAAAAACCCCCUGGUAUGACCCCCUCCAAAUAAAAAGUUUCUCUGCCUUGUCUCUCCCCCCCCCAAACAGGUAGAGAAUGAACGUCCUCUGUGGGCAUUAAGGGGUUAAUUCCCCCACUUAUUUAUACAUUAACUCUGCUUGAAGGGGGGGGGUCGAAAAAGGGUUAAGUUCUGCUUCCUCCCCAUUUGUCUGCCACCACUUGGCUUGAAAGGGGGGGGGGCUUUGAAAACACUUAACCUUUCAAGGACUCUGGGAAAUUUCAGUUCUGGGGUGGGGGGCGUGGAAGGUGACUUUGUUUUCCUGGUCAGAGUUUGAGGCUGGGGAGUAGAGAACAACUUUGAAGGACAAAAAAUGGGAAGAGGUUUGUUUCUUUAGGGGUCGGAAGAGUUUUUUUGAAAAGUGUUUUGGCUUCCUUUCUCCUUGGCAUUCCUCCCACCCACUCCAAAUUUAUUUAUUGCAGGCACGUCCAACAAGUAGAUCAUGAUUUACCGGUAGAUCACUGGACGUCUGUGAUAGAUCACUGGCUCCUCCCAAAGAAGCUCAACAACUUUGGGUCCCCUAAAAAAAGCCAUUAGCCCCCCAAAACAGUGCCUUCCUUCCUUAAAAAAAAGCUCAAUAAUUUUGACCUGAACCCCCCAAAAUGGGGUAGAUCACUGCCAGUUUUUAACUCUGUGAGUAGCUCGCAGUCUCUUGAGAGUUGGCCACCCUUGAUUUAAAGUAUUUAUAAGCCAGUUUGGGGGGUAAAAAAAAGAGAUACCUCUUCCAAACAUCAAUGCAUGCAAAGUUAUUUUUUAAAAGAAAUAUUCUCCCCCUUGUCCUUUUCUGCUAAAAAUGUAUAAUAUGGGUGUGUAUAUAUUAACUGUUUAUCGAGACAGACGGGUGCCAACAAAACAACUCUCUAUAUUGCAGGGGUGGCCAACUCCCAAGACCAGGGUGCCCAAACUAAGGCCCGGGGGCCGGAUGCGGCCCAAUCGCCUUCUAAAUCCGGCCCGCGGAUGGUCUGGGAAUCAACAUGUUUUUACAUGAGUAGAAUGUGUCCUUUUAUUUAAAAUGCAUCUCUGGGUUAUUUGUGGGGCAUAGGAAUUCGUUCAUAUUUUUUUUCAAAAUAUAAUCCGCCCCCCCCCCCACAAGGUCUGAGGGACAGUGGACCAGCCCCCUGCUGAAAAAGUUUGCUGACCCCUGCCCUGCCCAAGACACUGUGACCUACCUCAUAGAGUUAAAACCUGGCAGUGAUCUACUCCCUUUUUUGGGGUAGUUGUUGGUCAAAGUUGUUGAGCCUUUUUUUAGGAAGGAAAGGAAAGCCCUGGGUUUUUUUUGUGCCACUGUUGAACUUUCUUUAGGGGAGCCAAAGUUGUUGAGCUUGUUUGGGGGGAGCCAGUGAUCUACCACAGACAUCAAGUGAUCUACCUGCUUUCCCCCUGCUAUAUUGGAUACAGUUGUACCUUGGUUUUUGAAUUCAAUCCGUUCCGGGAGUCCGUUCAACUCCAGAAUAGUUUGAAAACCAAGGGGCGUCUUCUGAUCAGCUUCCGAAAAUCGUUCGAAAACCAGAACAAUUACUUCUGGUUUCUGAUUGUCCGGGAGCCGGAACGUUCGAGUUCAAAGGCGCUUGGCUUCCGAGGUUCCACAGUACAUAAAGAGAGAGAUUGAGAAAUAUCUCUGGCACAGCUGGAAUGUACAAAGGUUAAGAGCCUCAGACAUUGCUCUGCUGGUGUCCUUUGGGUUGAAAAAGCUGCUCCCUGAUGGGAAAAAAUCAUAGUAACAUAUUGUCAGAAGGGACCGGGGGGCAUCUAGUCCAACCCCCUGCAAUGCAGGAAUCUGUCUCCCAAUGUGGGGCUUGAACCCUCAACCCAGGGAUUGAGAAACUAAUGCUCUACCAAUUUAGCUAUCCAGCCUCAAGUGAGAUCUUAAAACUGUGUGUGUGUGGGGGGGGGAGACAUUUGCUUCUUGGAGGAAUGCACCAUACUGGGAGAGACUGGCCAAUGGCCUGAUUUGGAAUAAGGCAGAUUCACCUAUUGGAAUCCGUGGUUUCCUUGGGCAAAAUAUUGGUGGAAUUCGCACCCAUGGCCCUCCAGCUGUUGCAGUACUCCAACUCCCAGCAGCCAGGAAUGGUCAGGGGCGAUGUUGGGAGUUGAAAUUCAGCAAAACCUGUAAAAUAGAUGUUUUCUCCUCCUGAUUAUCCUCUCCAAAGUAUCUGGGGAGAGUUUAUAGUAGAAUACCAAGAGAGUCAUAGCCCAGCAGGACACCUGCUCUGCAUGCAGAAGAUCCCAGGUUCAGUCCCAAGCAUCUCCAGGUAGGACUGGGAGAGCUGCUGCUGGUCAGUGUAGAUGAUACUGAGCAACGUGGAGUAAUGGAAGGUCUGGCUCUGCAUAAGGCAGCAUACCAAGUUUCUAGAUUGCAAAAUAAAAAUAAAAAUAAAUCAACAUCAACCUGCUUGCUGAGGUCCCAGGUUCACUUCCCAGCAUCUCCUGAUAGGACUGGGAAUGCCAUAGAAUCAUAGAUUUGUAGAGUUGGAAGGGACUCCCAAGAGUCAUCUAGUCCAACCCCCUGCAAUGCAGGAAUCUCAGCUCAAACAUCCAUGACAGAUGGCCAUCCAACCUCUGCUUUACAACCUCCAAGGAAGGAGAGCCCACCACCUGUUCCACUGCCGAACAGCUCUUAUUGUCAGAAAGUCUUUCCUGAGGCUGAUUCGGAAUCUCCUUUCUUGUAACUUGAAGCCACUGGUUUGGAUCCUACCCUCCAGAGCAGGAGAAAACAAGCUUGCUCCCUCUUCCAUGUGACAACCCUUGAGAUGUUGGAAGAUGGCUCUCAUAUCUCCUUUUUUCCAGGCUAAACAUCCCCAGCACCUUCAAGCGCUCCUCAUCAGGCUUGGUCUCCAGACCCUUGAUCAUCUUGUUCACCCUCCUCUGUACACCUUCCAGCUUGUCAACAUCCUUCUUAAAUCGUGGUGCCCAGAACUGGACAGAGUAUUCCAGGUGUGGUCUGACCAAGGUAGAACAGAGUGGGACAAUGACUUGCCUUGACACUAGACUUCAGUUGAUGUCUCCUGGAUCAAAUGGUGGAGAGCUGCUGCCAGCCAGUGCAGACCAUAUUGACCUAGACAGACGAGCGGUUUGACUUUGCUGGCCACACUUGACCAAUCUCACCGGGACGCCGAGCACGCCAGGAAGAUCUCCUUCGAACGGACAAAGGCAGGUCUCUGUGCCGAGUUGAGCAACGAAGGAGGUCUGGUUCUUUUCCUAGGCAGCCCCUGAGCCUGGUAUGGGGAAUGGUCGAGCAGCAGGAGGUCAAGUGGGUUUCAAGCAGAAAGAUGUAGAGCCUCAGAUCCACGUGCCGAUUUUGCCAGAGGCUGCCCAGGAGAGAAAGAGCGUCCUCAACUCCCUGGUAUCUGGGGCGUUUGCCGGCGCUGUGGCCAAGACUGCAGUGGCGCCUCUGGACAGGACGAAAAUCAUAUUCCAAGUAUCAUCAAAUCGGUUUUCUGCCAAGGAGGCUUACCGCCUGAUCUACCGCACCUACCUCCACGAGGGCUUCUUCAGCCUCUGGCGGGGGAACUCUGCCACCAUGGUCCGCGUGAUCCCUUAUGCCGCCAUCCAGUUUUGCGCCCACGAGGAGUACAAGCAGAUCCUGGGCAGUUACUACGGCUUCCAGGGGAAGGCACUUACCCCAUUGCCCAGGUUCAUAGCUGGGUCGCUCGCGGGCACGACGGCUGCCAUGUUGACGUACCCCCUGGACCUGGUCCGCGCCCGGAUGGCCGUCACGCCAAAGGAAAUGUACAGCAACAUUGUCCAUGUCUUCAUUCGGAUAUCCCGGGAGGAAGGGUUGAAGACCCUCUACCGGGGCUUUGCCCCCACCAUCCUGGGGGUGAUUCCAUAUGCUGGGCUGAGCUUCUUCACCUACGAGACCCUGAAGAAGUUUCACGCAGAGCGCAGCGGCAGGACGCAGCCCCACCCCACGGAGCGGCUCGUCUUCGGGGCCUGCGCCGGCCUGAUCGGGCAGUCCGCCUCCUACCCGCUGGACGUUGUGCGGCGGCGGAUGCAGACGGCUGGGGUGAUGGGCCACAUCUACGGCUCCAUCCUGCGCACUAUGCGGGACAUCAUCCGGGAGGAAGGACUCGUCCGCGGCCUCUACAAGGGACUCAGCAUGAACUGGGUCAAGGGCCCCAUCGCCGUGGGGAUCAGCUUCACGACCUUCGACCUCACGCAGAUCCUCCUCCGGAAGUGGGAGCGAGGGGUGAACGUGGAGAGGUAGUGGCCGGCCGGUGGCUGGCGGUUGGUACAAAUGUUGGUGGAAACGUGGGCAGGCAUCCUCUUCCUCCUCCCCUCCCUCCCUCCCCGAGCCAGAGGGUUCUCGUGGCAGAGCUGAGUAAUCCAGGGCAA